GCCAACAAAGGAACAUUUAACUAAAGUAGUAAAAGGAGGAGGACAAAAGAAGAAAAACUUUCAGAAAGGAGAUUGGAAAUAUGCUGAAUGCAUUAAUAGUGAAGUUUGUUUGCACUUUUCCAUUCCAGAAACACGAAGAUCUAUCGAUGAAGAAAAGUUAACAGGUAGAUUUCCUUUUUGUGCAACUAAAGAACUCUCAACAACAGAAAAUGUUCAUGGUGAUGUGUCUUUACUUGCUCUUCAUACACGUAAUAGGUGCAGAAACAGUUCUGCUUCAUCUGAGGGGAGACUUUUAGAAAGUUCAAUUACGGUCAAAGCUGAAACAUUAAAUACCAGGAUGAAACCAUCAAAGAAAAAAGGUAAUGAUAACCUGAUAGCUGGACAUAGCCUUGAGGUUGAAAAAAAUGGGGUCCGUUCUGUUCCAAGGGACCAUGACAUUGUAAAUGCACCUAAUGAUACUAUGUGCACAUCUACAUGCAAGCAUGCUCUGGAUCUGGCUACAGUUGAAGUUGGAAAGGGUUCUCUUGAGUCAUCACCCAUGAAACUUGAUACUGAAGAUCGAGAGCAUGGGCUUCAGCCGUGCAUUGUAUCCACUCCAGCUGCUACUGGUGUAAUGCAUAGACUAGAUGGUGGACACGCUCAUGACUGCAUUGGCAUGAAUGGUGACAACCAAAGUGAGUCUUUAAAGUGUGCUGUUAAAACUCCAAAUCAUUUAGACUAUUCAGUGAAGAAGCAAUCUAGCAAUAAUACAAAAUUAGCUAUGACUGGAGAAAAUAUUGUGAGCAUACCAAAUGAUCAACAUGCAAAAGAAUUUGUAGUAAUGGAGCAACCUUCCAGAGAGAAGAAAUUGCAUACUACCAGAAAGGGAACAGCUUGGAGGCCAAUUUCAUCUGUGUAUCAAUCUCCAAAUACUCGGGGUAAGGCUCAUAAAUUAUCUAUGGCCUCACCUGAAUAUCUUAACCUAAAAAGAUCUAGAUCAGGUCGAUUGAUUGUUCCUCCACUGGCUAACUGGUGCCAACAGAUAGUUUAUGAUGUGGAUGGUUCAAUUACAGGUAUUAGAGGUGUGGAUGUAUUGAAUUCCCCUGGGAUAGGAAGCAAGUCGGAGACUGUGAAGAAGAGAAAGAUGUUUACCUGAGCAGUUAAAUAUGUUGCGGUUGACAGUGGGGCUUUCAUCCUUGUGACCUCAAGUGCUGAAGAUAAUCUAUAGUGAAAGUGAUCAACUUGCAUUUUCAGGGAUUGUAGAAGAACCAUGACAAGUUGCACUGAAGUAUAGUCCACUCUAUCAAGAUUUGCUCUUUGAUUGUGUAUACAAAAGAUUUCUCUUUUUCAAAUGUGUUAGUACCUCGUACCUCGCAUCCUUUGCUACUGGCCACUGACAUGCAUCUCGGUUUAAGUCAAAAGGAAGGGAAAUUAUGGCCAGGGGACUUGAUGCUGGUACCGAAGCUUCCAUGUGUAUAUCAAAGUAGAUUUCUCACUGUUUGUGUCUGAUUCUUUUGAUAGCAACAUUUUGUCUGUUUAAUACCUUAAAAACACUGCUAGUGGCCAGUGUGAAUGGUUCAAGCCAAAGGGCAGGGCAAUGGGACUUGACACAAUAAUUGAAGCAGUAAUAUUGACAACUGUGGUUUCUUA